AUGUACUCCAACCAGGGUCACCUGACCUCAGUUACACCUGAGGCCCUGAAGGAAGCCUCCGCAGAGUCUUCUGCUGUCAGCAUAAGAACACGUAGUGUCCACAAACGGUUUGUGUUCCCUUCAGGUGGUCCAGAAAACGUGUCUGUGUCCGUCAGUCCAGCCACUGCCCUGGCCAACGGGACGCUCACUGUCACUCAGGGUUCAAGUGUCUCCUUUAACUGCUCCGGCUCCUCCUACCCCUCCCAGGAGCUGACCUGGGCCUUCAGCGGAGCUUCUUCCAGCAACACGUCGCUGGCUUCAACCUCUGGACCCUGGCUGAACUACAAGAUAGAAGACAUCCAGCCCAGCGCUCAGGGAGUUUACACCUGCAGAGCCCACAACCCUGUGUCUCACCAGGCAGUCAAUAAGAGCACACAGCUGCUAGUGUACCAUGCUCCAGACAGACACCCUGAGUGUAUGUGGGCACCAGCGCAGGACCCCUCCCACAUCCAGUUCAACUGCACCUGGUCUGGAGCGUAUCCCACCCCGACACUACGCUGGGGGGAAGACCAGGGUGACCAAGACGCUGGCUGGAAAGGGCACAUUUAUGCCUCAGAGGAGACGGACAGCCUGUCGGUGAUGCUGAACCGCUCAGUGCUGUCCGACGGGGAGACGCUGAGGUGCAUGGCCCAGCACCCGGCGCUUGCUCCGGGAACAGAGAAGUCGUGUUGGUUUCCCCUCAAGCGUCCGUACCCUGACGGUGAGCCGAUGGCCACGGCUCUGGAGGGGACCGAUAUAACUCUAACCUGCACUGAGGCCGUGUCCAUCCCCCCCGCAAACACCACGUGGAGGAAAGGGCUCCAGCAGGAGGACAUUAUUCCUGGAUCGAAGUACGUCCUGUCUGAAGAAGGCCCCGUCUUCAAGCUGACCAUACUCAACAUCAGCAAGGAUGAUGAAGGCAUCUACUUCUGCCGCAGCGAGAACCCCCUCGCCAUCUGCGUGCUGGAAGUCUACCUCACUGUGAAGACCUCCUCCGCAUACACAGGAGCAAUCAUCGGCAUCUUCAUAGCGGCGCUGAUCGUGGGAUCAGCCGCGGUCGUGGCUAAAACCAUUUACUCCAGCCGACACCGGAUUUGUCUGGGUAACUUUUGUCUUAUCUUUGCAACAGUGCAAAAGUCACAAACGCAUGCAACAAAUAACUCUGCUGCCCUUAACCUUUGUCAUGAUCAUUCUUUGCACACAUAAAAUCUCAUUCACUGCAUCUGUGCUUCAGAAGAAUACAAGUAUAAAUCAUAAAAAUCCAGCAUACUAAUUUCACAAUUUCUUUUCUUAUUUUUUGUUUCAGGAGAUGGCUUUGGCCAUAUGGAGGAGGACAGAGGAGACGUGCUGAGCCUGGUGGAGUCAGACGACGAGCAGCUCUUUCAAGAUACCGUCCCCCAGCUGCCUCCAGUAACCAACGGACGCCACACAACGCUCGUCCAGAUACAUCGUAUCCCAUCAAGUGAUCAUGAGGAUGCAGAAACGUCUGACACAAAUCCGCAGCAGCAGGAAGAUACUGUACAAACAGAAGAGCCCGCUGAUCUUGUAACAUUUUAGGUUUGGGGUUUGUUUUAGAUUUUAUUUUAGGUAAAUACCAUUUACUCCCAGUGACAAUGUGAACAGAAUCGGUGGAAGACACAUGUAAAAAUAAAAAAAUCUCUUUUUAAUUUGUCAUUUUGUAAAACAGGGUUUUGAAUUUUUCUAAGCGUAUUUCUAUGGUCGAUUUGUUUGUACAUCUUUUUGAAUAUGUUGCUCUGAUGUCGAGAUUUGUGCAGUAAAUGAAGCUGUUUAAACAAAA